AUGCUGACGUCUCUACGGACAGCGCGCUUUUCGCUACGGUAUCAUUCAAGUAUAUGUGGUUUAUCAUUAAGGCAUUUGUGUCUUCAUUUUGCGCAACUUCCAGUGCCGUAUUCAAGUCGUAAUUCGCUCUACUUGACACAAAAAAAGCCAUCGUUUCGAUCGUUAGCGACGAUUGUUUCGAAUGAGCAAGAGAUUAAUGAGAAGAAAGAGAAAGAAUGGAGAGAGGAGAAGAAGAAGAAGAAGAAUGAUGAGGACAAUGAAGCAUUCGUGACACAUAUUCGUGAAUCUACGUAUCCAUUCCCCAAACCACGAACUGAUAUUAACAAGGCUUACUUUCCAGGAGAAGUAUACCGUUCUACGUCAAAGGACGUGGUGUUUCGUGCUAUGUCAGGUAAUACAGCUAUCACGGUACUUAAGGUAUUGGCAUGGCUUAAGACUGGCUCCAAUGCAAUGCUCUCAGAGGCUAUUCACUCACUUGUGGACACUGGUAAUCAAGCCAUUCUCAUUCUGGGUCUUAAACAGGCAUCAGGUGUACCGGACAAGAAGCAUCAGUAUGGAUACGGACGUGCUGCGUACUUUUGGUCGCUCAUUUCUGCACUAGGCAUCUUUUGGUUAGGUUCUGGUGUGACUGUUGUUCACGGUAUCCAGUCAAUCCUAGAGCCUCCAAAAGAUCUUACCCUGUCGUGGGAAAUCUGGUGUGUGCUUGCGGCUUCUUUCAGUAUCGAUGGAUGGGUGCUUAAGCGGUCAGUACAGGAAUUACUGGCUACCAAACCUGAAAAUAUCUCUUUUUACCAGCACGUAAAGCGGACGAAAGACCCGUUUAUGAUGGCUGUCCUGCUUGAGGAUUUAUCAGCUUGUGUAGGUGUUGUUAUGGCUGGAUGCGGCAUUGGGGCCAGCCACAUUACGGGCAACCCGCUGUGGGAUAGCCUUGCAAGUGUUUCCAUUGGUGUGCUGCUUGGUGGUGUUGCAGUAUCACUCAUUCGUUUGAACCAAAAGUAUUUAUUGGGCCAGUCAGUGGAGCCGGAAAUUGAAAAAGGUAUCCGCGAGUUGCUGUUGGCGCGUCCGUCUAUUGAUAACGUGUAUGCUGUCCAGUCACAAUGGGUUGGACCAUCGACAUUUAGCUAUAAGGCUGAAGUGGACUUUGAUGGAACGUACUUGGCUGCGAAACUAUUACGAAUGUACAAGCCUGUAUUUAUGGAAACAAAAGAUCUAGAGAAUGAUCUACCUCUCAUUCUCGCUUGGUAUGCGGAGGAUGUGACCCGUCUUGUUGAGAAAGAGGUGCAAGAGGCCGAAGAGGUAAUUCGCGGCAUCUACCCCGAGGCCGCAUUUAUUGAGCUGGAACCUGAUAGUAAGGAGUCAGAGAUGCAAGCUGUGUUAAGCAUGCAGACAAAGUCUUCCCGUACUAGUGAGCGAGAAGCUAUGACGCGAGCAUUGGCCCUCCUUGCACGGACAUUAGAGCGCAAGACAACAGAGACUGAUCAUUUUAGCUCAAAACGAUGA